CAACCACUUCCAUUCCAUCUAUUUAUCUUCAUAUACUCUCUCUUUCCAAUUCCACCCACAAACACAUUCACAUAAAUGGAUCAAGGGUUCAAGCAUUUCAGCCACUUGCACAACCUGAUCAUGCACCACAUGCCAGAAGGCGUCGAAGUCUCAUGCUCCGGUUGCCACUCUUCCGCCACCGCAACCGUAUACGUUUGCUGGCAAUGCAACUUCUUCCUGCACGAACAAUGCUACCGAGCCACUCGGUCCCUGAAACACCCAUCUCACCCUCCUCAUCCCCUCACUUUGGUUCCUUACCCGACUUACCACUCUAAUUCCUUUUACUGCAAUUCUUGUAAUAUCGUCGGAACUGGCUUCUCCUAUUCCUGUGCUGAUUGUGAAUUCGACCUUCAUGUCCAAUGCGCUUAUUCCAUUUCCCGAGCUACAAGUUUAAAGAAUGCACACCCGUUUCAAGAACUUGUUCCACAAGGUUGGAAUGGAGUACAAAAUUCUAACAUUGAUCACCAUGUCCCGUUUGCUUCUGUUCCUGAAAGUCCUCCAAUUCCGUUCGCUAGUGCCCAGAAUCAUUACAUGCCUCUAAAUACCGUUUCUGGUCAUGAUCUAGCAUGUGGUUUCGUUCCACCGCAUAAUCAGAAUUUAACUACUACUUCCCAGGAUCCAUUCAUGGCUCAUAAUCUAGCUUCUGUUUCGAUUCCCACGAAUUUUCAGAACCCGCUUGAUAAUGCUCAAUAUUCUUCCGUGGAUCAAACAGGACCUUCUGUUUCUAUUCCCACUAAUUAUCCGCCAACUACGAUUUCUAGCGGUCAUGAUCCUGUAAUGCCACAAGACCGGCCUUCUGUUUCCAUUCCAGCGAGUUCUCAUGAUCGGAUUUCUAGUGCCCAGUAUCCUUCCAUGGCUCAAACCGGACCUUCUGUUUCGGUUCCCACUAACUAUCCGCCAAAUGCGAUUCCUAGCAGUCAAGAUCCUUCAAUGCCUCAAGACGACCCUUCUAUUUCCAUUCCAAUGGGUUCUCAGAAUCGGAUUUCUGGUGUCCAGUAUCCUUCCGUCGCUCAAACUGGACCUUCUAUUUCUAUUCCCACUGACUAUCCACAGAAUCCAAUUCCUUCCGCCCAAGAUCCUUCAGUGUCUCAAAACCGACCUGUUUCCAUCCCAACAAGUUCUUACAAUUCCAGUGCACAAUAUGCUUCUGUGGCAGAAACUGGACCUUCUGUUUCUGUUCCCACUGGCUAUCCACAGAAUCCAAUUCCAUCAGCCCAAGAUCCUUCAAUGUCUCAAAACAGACCUGUUUCCAUUCCAACAAGUUCCCACAAUUCUAGUGCUCAAUAUCCUUCUGUGCCACAAAAUGGACCUUCUGUUUCUAUUCCCACUAAUCCAUCAGAGUCGAUCUCUAGCUCUCAUGAUCAUUCAACGCCUCAAAAUGGACCGAAAGAUAAAGAAGUAAUGCAUUUCAGCCACCUCCACAAAUUGUCUAGAGUCAACUUACAAGAAGAUGAAGAAAAUGAGGUUAUUUGUUCAGGAUGUGAAGACACACUAGUUGGCAACGGCUAUAAAUGUGUUGAACCAGAUUGCGACUUUCAUCUUCACGAAUCAUGCUUUCAUCUAAAAAGAGAGAUCAUUCACAAGUCACAUCCGGAACACCCUCUAACCAUCCUCCCGUUAGCGCCUUACGACAAUAAAGAUGGUGAAUUUACUUGCAAUGCAUGUUGUAGUGAUGGUACAGGUUUUACCUAUCACUGUUCGGUCGGCUGGUAUGUCCGAUUGGACAGUCCUGUUCGAUCGGCCGGUAGGCUCGAUCGGCUGGGCCAUUCGAGUGGAUUAUAA